AGCCGAAAAUAAAUAGUAAUAAAAAUCGGAAAAUAAAUAAAAUUCAGUUUUUGCUUCUGCUGUUUGUUCUUCUGCAACUCUCAACUCUCAUCUCUUUUCUCUGCACUUUUCUGAUCUUCCGAUUCCACCAAAUUGCCAAUGUCUCACCAGGGCGAAUCAUCCGACUCGAAAUCGGGGAAGAAGGACUUCUCCACCGCGAUUCUCGAACGCAAGAAGUCGCCGAACAGAUUGGUCGUCGAUGAAGCCGUCAACGACGAUAAUUCUGUCGUGGCCAUGCACCCACAGACAAUGGAAAAGCUCCAACUUUUCCGCGGCGACACUAUUCUCAUCAAGGGAAAGAAAAGGAAGGACACUAUUUGCAUUGCACUUGCUGACGACAAUUGCGAGGAGCCCAAAAUCAGGAUGAACAAGGUUGUGAGGUCCAAUUUGAGGGUUCGUCUCGGUGAUGUUGUGUCUGUGCAUCAGUGCCCUGAUGUUAAGUAUGGGAAACGAGUCCACAUUCUGCCUCUCGAUGAUACUGUCGAAGGUGUCACUGGAAAUCUGUUUGAUGCUUACUUGAAACCUUAUUUCUUGGAGGCUUAUCGUCCUGUCAGAAAAGGAGAUCUAUUCCUUGUCCGAGGAGGGAUGAGAAGUGUAGAGUUCAAGGUCAUUGAAACUGAUCCUGGGGAGUAUUGUGUGGUUGCUCCAGACACUGAAAUCUUCUGUGAAGGUGAACCCGUGAAACGAGAGGAUGAAGAAAGGCUGGAUGAAGUUGGAUACGAUGAUGUGGGUGGUGUUAGGAAGCAAAUGGCACAGAUCCGUGAGCUUGUAGAGCUUCCACUGAGACAUCCUCAGCUUUUUAAGUCGAUUGGUGUGAAGCCACCCAAGGGAAUUUUGCUCUAUGGACCCCCUGGCUCUGGAAAGACACUAAUUGCAAGAGCUGUUGCUAAUGAAACCGGAGCUUUCUUCUUUUGUAUUAAUGGUCCAGAGAUUAUGUCCAAAUUGGCCGGAGAGAGUGAAAGCAAUCUCAGGAAAGCAUUUGAAGAAGCAGAAAAGAAUGCUCCGUCCAUCAUAUUUAUUGAUGAGAUUGAUUCGAUUGCACCCAAGCGGGAGAAGACAAAUGGUGAAGUUGAAAGGAGGAUUGUUUCACAACUAUUGACUCUUAUGGACGGAUUGAAGUCUCGUGCACAUGUUAUUGUUAUUGGUGCAACAAAUCGUCCAAAUAGCAUUGACCCAGCAUUAAGAAGGUUUGGUAGAUUUGAUAGAGAAAUUGACAUUGGUGUUCCUGAUGAAGUCGGUCGACUUGAAGUCCUUCGCAUACAUACCAAGAACAUGAAGCUUUCUGAUGAGGUUGAUCUGGAGAGAAUUUCAAAAGAUACUCAUGGGUAUGUUGGUGCCGACCUUGCUGCUCUUUGCACUGAAGCUGCCCUGCAGUGCAUUAGGGAAAAAAUGGAUGUCAUCGACUUGGAAGAUGAGACUAUUGAUGCUGAAGUGUUGAAUUCUAUGGCAGUUACAAAUGAGCAUUUCCAGACUGCCCUAGGAACAAGCAAUCCAUCUGCCUUACGUGAAACUGUUGUUGAGGUGCCUAAUGUCAGUUGGGAUGAUAUUGGAGGCCUUGAGAACGUCAAGCGGGAGCUGCAAGAGACUGUUCAAUAUCCAGUAGAGCACCCAGAAAAGUUCGAGAAAUUUGGUAUGUCACCAUCUAAAGGAGUCCUCUUCUAUGGUCCUCCAGGAUGUGGAAAAACUUUGUUGGCCAAAGCAAUUGCUAAUGAAUGUCAAGCUAACUUUAUAAGUGUGAAAGGCCCGGAAUUGCUUACUAUGUGGUUUGGUGAAAGCGAAGCCAAUGUUCGAGAAAUUUUCGACAAGGCUAGACAAUCAGCUCCGUGUGUUCUCUUCUUUGAUGAGCUCGACUCCAUCGCCACUCAGAGAGGAAGUAGUGUCGGGGAUGCUGGUGGUGCUGCCGAUAGAGUUUUGAAUCAACUUCUGACAGAAAUGGAUGGCAUGUCUGCCAAGAAGACUGUAUUCAUAAUUGGGGCUACUAACAGGCCAGACAUCAUUGAUCCAGCACUUCUUCGGCCAGGCCGUCUUGAUCAACUGAUCUACAUCCCUCUUCCCGACGAGGAGUCUCGUUAUCAGAUCUUCAAGGCGUGCAUGAGGAAGUCACCUGUCUCAAAAGAUGUCGAUUUGAGUGCACUUGCCAAGUAUACUCAAGGCUUCAGUGGUGCUGAUAUAACAGAGAUAUGCCAGCGAGCAUGCAAAUAUGCCAUAAGAGAAAACAUAGAAAAGGACUUGGAGCGAGAGAGGAAGAGGAGAGAUAAUCCAGAGGCCAUGGAUGAGGAUGUGGAUGAUGAAGUUGCGGAGAUCAAAGCAGGCCAUUUCGAAGAGUCGAUGAAGUAUGCACGUAGGAGUGUGAGUGACGCUGAUAUCCGCAAAUACCAGGCAUUCGCUCAGACCUUGCAGCAAUCCCGCGGGUUUGGAACGGAGUUUAGGUUUCCAGAGACUGGAAGUAGGACCACUGGAUCUGCAGACCCGUUUGCAACUUCUGCUGGUGGUGCUGAUGAAGAUGAUCUUUAUAGUUAGGUUCUCUAAUAAUAGAAUGAUGUAUUUGAGUCUCACAUGUUUAGGUCAAAAGAUGCGUUUGUAAACUUCUGAAACCUGUUGCAUAUUUAGCAUUUCACAUACUCAUAGAUUAACCCUGCAUUGUUACCAGUUUUAAUAGAAUUCAGAUACAGGUCCUUUUGUUAUGUUAGAAAAUUUCUGAUAUGUUAAAAAAGAUAAUCAUGCCUUCGAUUGCUACUUAA